CGCAGAGGGCGAGGGUCGGCCAUGAGCGACCAGCUGAGUCCAACCCUGGGCUGCUAGGGGCAGCUCCAGCAGCCCCUGAGCUCUCCUCGAAACCUCGGAAUCUAAGAGGAUGGAGCCCAGUACCUGUAAGAACAGUGAAUCUGAGGAAGACUAUGUUGAGGAAGAAGAGUCUGAGGAAGAGUGUGUUAGAGAGGAAGCUACCACCCCUAACUCUUCCCAGCAGGCACUUGCAAAAGCUGACUAUAAAGAGUUUGAGAAUGGGGUUACCUUAUCUGUUAUAACCAAGAAAAUUCCAAAGACAAUCCUAAGUGCAGCAGACACAGAUGAUUUGGAAGUUGGGAGGAGAAAGAGAAAGCGGAAACGAAGACCCCUGGCCAUCAACCUGACCAACUGCAAGUAUGAGAGUGUGCGCCGGGCAGCCCAAAUGUGUGGCCUGAAGGAAGUGGGGGAGGAUGAAGAGUGGACUGUGUACUGGACAGACUGCUCUGUCUCACUGGAACGAGUCAUGGACAUGAAGAGGUUUCAGAAAAUCAACCACUUCCCUGGCAUGACGGAGAUCUGCCGCAAAGAUCUGCUGGCUCGGAACCUCAACCGCAUGCAGAAGCUCUAUCCAACCGAAUACAACAUCUUCCCGCGAACCUGGUGUCUCCCUGCAGACUAUGGGGACUUCCAGGCCUACGGUCGUCAGCGGAAAACCCGCACUUAUAUCUGCAAGCCAGAUAGCGGCUGUCAGGGCCGUGGCAUCUUUAUCACCAGAACCCCCAAGGAAAUCAAGCCAGGAGAGCAUAUGAUCUGCCAGCAGUACAUCACCAAGCCCUUCCUCAUUGAUGGCUUCAAGUUUGACAUGCGAAUCUAUGUUCUGAUCACUUCCUGUGACCCUCUCCGGAUCUUCAUGUAUGAGGAAGGCCUGGCCCGUUUUGCCACCAUGCCGUAUGUGGAACCUAGCCAUAACAACCUGGAGGAUGUCUGCAUGCACCUGACCAACUACGCCAUCAAUAAACACAAUGAGAACUUUGUCCGAGACGAUGCUGUGGGCAGUAAGAGGAAGCUGUCGACACUCAAUGCCUGGCUGCGAGAGCACAGCUAUGACCCCCGAGAGCUGUGGGGGGACAUCGAGGACAUCAUCAUCAAAACCAUCAUCUCAGCCCACUCUGUUCUUCGCCACAACUACCGAACCUGUUUCCCCCAAUAUCUGUGUGGAGGUACAUGUGCCUGCUUUGAGAUCCUGGGUUUUGACAUCUUACUGGACCACAAGCUCAAGCCCUGGCUUCUCGAGGUCAACCACUCCCCAAGCUUCACCACAGACUCCCGCCUGGACCGAGAGGUGAAAGAUGCACUUCUCUGUGAUGCUAUGAACCUUGUCAACCUCCGGGGCUGCGACAAGAAGAAGGUGAUUGAAGAAGACAAGCGACGAGUCAAGGAGCGGCUUUUCCCGUGUCACCAACAGCCACGAGAAGCCAGGCGAGAACAGAUUGAGUCAUCCCAGGCUGCCAUGCAGGACCAGGAACGAUAUGAAGAUUCCCACCUAGGGGGCUACCGGCGGAUCUAUCCGGGGCCUGACUCAGAGAAAUAUGCACCCUUCUUCAAGCACAAUGGCUCUCUCUUCCAGGAGACUGCUGCCUCCAAGGCCAGAGAGGAGUGUGCCAGGCAGCAACUGGAAGAGAUUCGUCAAAAGCAGGAACAGCAGGAGAAUCCAGGCACCAAAAAGCGAAAGGAAAACAAGGACCAGUACCAGGGUGAAUCAGCUGGGGAGAAAAGCCGAUCAAGAACAGGAGCACGGAGCCUUAUCACCAACUUGGCUUAUAGGAACCGGAACCGGGAGAAAGAGCUGAUCCCAGUACACAUGGACUCCAUGCAGCCUCAGGACAUUGUGGAAGAGGAAGAGCUUGAGCGGAUGAAGCUCCUGUUACAAAGAGAGAAUCUUAUCCGAAGCCUGGGUAUUGUAGAGCAGCUCACCCGCAUGCUGUACCCCAGCCACCGGGGCCACAGAAAGCUUCAUGAGUAUCGGCCUAGAUUUCACCAGGACGGGCUGGGCAGUCAGGAACUGCAACCUGUGAAUUUGGUCCCAUUGGUGUUCCUGAGAGGGGCUGCCACAGAACAGGUCCCUCCUCAUUUCCUGCAACCACUUCGGCCCCAUGAAUUGAUCCCCAGGAUCUUAGGGCCACUGUCAAGCAUGACUCCCGCAAUUGCACAGCAUUCUCGGUACCAUCUGCAGCCCAAGAGCGUCAACUGGAUAAGAGAUCCAGCAACCAUUGGCGCCUGUUCAUUGUCAAUGAAGAAAUCUGGGAGGCAGUAUUUUUCCAGCUCUAGAGUCAGGCUCACUAGCCAAGGCCAAGCCAGCAGAAGGCUAGAAGCCAUAAACAGAGCCCUGUCAGGAUCAGUGCCACCCACUUUAACCCCAAAGCAGGGCUGUCUUCUCCAGCCCGACAGACAGCAAAGUGACUCAUGGACCGAAUGCUGCACCUUGCCCUCCAUGGUAAACUCUGGAGCCAAGGCUGGGGAUAUCACCCUUUGCCCCGCCUCUGCGCCAGUGCUGCAGCAUUCCAGCCCACUCCUCAACAUCAUCCAACACAGGUAAAAGAAGGGACGCCCAGCACGCAACCAAAAGAGCAAAUGGCCUGCAAUCAUUGCUCAUUGAAAGACUGCCACCAAGUUCCAGUUUGAAAAGCUCUGGCCAGGACCUUUGUUGGCAAAAGGCAUAGCCCAAAGACACCAAGGAUUCUUCAACAUUCUAAGAUUCUUUGGGGGAAUCGGUUUAAAAAAAAAA